UAGGAUGUGAAACCGCCGCUGACCCGCUUCACGGCUCUAGUUUCUUAACGGUGUAAAUAUAAUAUUUUUUAAGUUUAAAUAUACGUCAGAUGAAAUAAUUUGGACAUGGCAGAGAAUCCGGCGAGUGACCAGUCGGGCAUCAAAGCGGCCGACUUCCAGGCGACGGCAGAGGCUUACUACAGUAUCGCCGUGGAGAAAGUGAAGGACGUGGUAUCGUCUCUGCCCGAUGACUUAAGACCUGGGCCAGACCUGUAUGGUGUGCCAUGGGAACCUAUCAUUGUCUCUGGCCUGUUGGGCCUGGUGACACUUCUGUUGUUCACCUGUAGAUGUUACAGCUCUAUAAAAAGCAGAAUUUACCGACGUAGAGAGCAGGGGAUGGCAGAACAGGUUGCACAGCUACUGGAUGAGAAAUCCAAAGUCCUUGAGAGUCUGAGUCAGUGUCAACAAGAGUAUGACGACCUUGAGAGUUCACUGAGGGACAGCGGUGUCUUGGCUCAGACUCAGAAGACAGAACAACUGGAGGUCAAAGCCAGACAGUUGGAGCACUCCAAACAAGAGCUGGAGAGGGAUCUGGAACAGCUAAAGGAUCAACUGGACCAGCAAAGGGAGCACAGGAUAGAACAAGAAAGGAGGAUAGCAGUCCUUGAGGAGAGCAUGAAAUCCCUUGAAGAUGAAACUAAAGACUUUCAGUCACAGGAAGAGCAGGCACAGACCACUUUGAAAGUGUACAGCAUGAACAGUGACAGACUACAGAGGAACCUGGAAACAGCUGGAGAGGAGAAUGUAGUGCUAAAGGAGAGCAAUGCUCAUUUGAGGCAGCAGGUGGAGGGAUGGGCAGAGAGAGUGAGUGAAUUGGAGGCAGAGAUGAAAAGGUGUGAGGUUGCUUACAGCGGGAUGAUGCAGGAUGUGGCCACCAAGGAUGAACGUAUAAUGUCAUUAACAGAUCGGCUGCUGAGGUUGAAAGGCUGGGAUUCAGAGCUGGAGGAAGAGGAAGGAGGAGAAAAGGAGACAGCCAAUGGUACGCCAGAAAAAGGAGAGAAGAAUGGAAGAGGGGACAUAACGGACACCCAGGCCCAUCUGCAGAAAGUCCAGAAACUUGUUUAUGCUGCUAAGCUGAAUGCAGACCUCAAAUCCCUAGAUGAGGAUAAGGACAGAGUAUUUGCCAAACUGAACGAUGAAAUCAAAGCAAAAGAAGACCUGCAAUUGAGCAUAGAAGAUAUGGAGAAAGAGAAACUAACUUUGCAGUCGGACGCUGAGCACUACUCGGAUCAGGUCCAACGAUUACAACAGAAACUCCAGAUUAUGACAGAAAUGUACCAGGAGAAUGAGCUCAAACUGCACAGACUUCUGACGGUGGAGGAGAAAGAGCGUCUGCAGAAAGAGGAGAAGUUAAACAAAGCAGACAAAAAUAUUGCGCUGGCGAUGGAGGAACUUAACAACUACAGGCAACGAGCUGAAGAAAUGGAGGAAGAGCUGGAGAAAACCAAACAGUCUUACCAGACUCAGAUAUCAGCACAUGAAAAGAAAGCUCAUAAUAACUGGGUGGCAGCCCGAGCAGCAGAACGAGAACUGUCAGACAUCAGAAGAGACAACGCUCUCCUCAGACAGAAACUGACGGAUACACAGUUUAAACUGGACGCCCUCGACAAAGACCCGUUUGCCUUGAACAGUCUAGCAAGACCAAUGCCUUUCCGAGCUGAAAGGUCACCGUAUGUUCCUUCUCCUCUGGGUCGACCUUCAUCGGAAACCAGACCAUUUCUCUCACCUCCUACGUUAAUGGAUGGACCACCUGCUCGACUGUCUCCUAGAGUGUCUCGUGGUCCAGGGGAGCCCCCAGGAGGCCAGGGGGAGAUGGAGCGCAGUGGAGGUCCUCAUUCAGACAGCGGUUCAAUCUCUCCUACCUGGGAGAGAGAUCGCAGAGGACCCCCACCAGGACCCUUACCAGGACCCCCUGGGCCUUUAGGACCUCCAGGCUAUAUGUUUCCAGAACCAGGAGCUCCCAUGUACAGAAGACCUCUACCUCCUCCAGGAGCUCUGGGCCUUUUGCCUCCUCCUGACUCUCUCCCUCCUGGCGUCCUUCCCCCCGGUGUCCUCCCACCUGGUGUUCUCCCUCCCGGCGCCCUCCCUCCUGGCAUCCUCCCUCCCGGUCCACUCCCUCCUCGUGUCCUUCCUCCUGGUCCACUCCCUCCUGGCUCUGUCCCUCCUGGCCCCCACCAUCCUCGGAAUGUCCCUCCAGGACCCUCUCACCCUGCAGACAUGCCAGAUUCCUACAGAGAAAACAGCUUUGGACCUGGUGAACAGGACCAUAGAGAGUCCGGUCCUGAACGCAGGACUCCCCCUGAAGCAGAUCCAAGGAUGGGUCCACCAAUGGGUCCCAUGGAUGGUCCCUUUCCUCGCAGAGCCCCUUAUGGACCCCCACCUCCUGAUUUCUACCCUCCCAGGGGACCUGGGGGACUUCCCAUCAGGCCUAUGUGGGUUCCUCAACCUCCAGGAGUGAUGGCCCCUCCUCGAUACCAUCCUAGUGGAGCUCCCCUUCCUGCCGGUCCUCAUCCUCACAUGCCCUCCUAUGCUCCUAAUAUGCGACCCCCUUCUCCCGAUGGCCUCCCACCUUCUUCCAUGGGCCCUCCCCCACCUCAUCAAUCCCUCCCUCCCGCACCACAAAGCCAGUCUCCAGAGAAGGCAACCUCACCUGAAGACGCCAUUUGAGCCUGACUGAGUUUCUACAUCAGCUGUGAGAUGAAGAACUUCUGGUUAAUGUUUAACGUGGACAGUGUAGGGCAGAUUGCUGGUUACCCUUUUUCCAUAAACAUCUAUUUAUUCACCAGAAGGAUGUGUUUAUUGAAUAGUGUUUGCAGGGGAGAACAUCCUCCUUCAUUGGCCUGUUUUCUUGCUGCUUGUUGUCCAAUGACAUUAUUUCUUACGUCUCUUUGUUAUUCCCUCACCUUGCUCUCUCACCAUUUACAUUCUCUAUGGGGAAGCUGAUGUUAAAGUAAACUCGGCCUGGACUGCGUGUGUCACAUGACCCCAAAACAGCUGCCUGUCGUCUAGUCAGCGUCAGAGGUUUUUGAUGGGAAUACUUCACCGAGAUGGAGAGAUUUGAAUGAUCAUAGCAUGUCCGUCAUGGCAAAAACACAACUAGCCCUGAAAUAGUUUUUGUCUGUUAUCAUCAGUAUAAUUUAAAAAAAAUGUAGCUGGUUAGCAUCUUGUCGUUGGAUUUUAUGACACUUCAGUCCGAACACGUUAAGCCCGGUUUUGCCUGCGACUGAGCUGAGUUGAUCUUGAACUCAAAUGAGACUGCUUUUGAUGAAAUGUAUCAGAGUUGCAUAAUUGAAUUUCACUGACUUCCCUGUGGGAAGUGGGAGAUUUUUCUUCUUAUUUCACAGUGAGAGAAGCAGCUGAACAGUGCUUUUGAUCAUGUUACAGUGACUUUAAUAUGGCCUAGACUUUGAAAAACGUGGCUUAUAAUAGCUGCUCAUGUUUCCCUGAAUAAACAGUCACAGGAGUGAGUUUAAUAGACUGACUGGAACAGAGAAUACCUUCAUGUGAAUUUUGUAAAAAGUGAUUAUUGCUAGAUUAAUAAAGACUCUUGAAUUGUCA